AUGUCAACGCCAAUUGAAGGAGCGGAAGUUUCUGGGGAUCAAAUAUCAAUGUUCCUAGUAAACGUGUUGGAAGGAAGAUGGGAUUAUGCAUAUCCAGCAUAUAAAAAUAAUAGUGUGUUCCACAAAAUAAAAAUAAACGAAAGUAGAGGAACUGCACUACACAUGGCUGUGAAUGAUGGAAAAGCUGAACUUGUCAAUGCUCUUGUAAGUGCAAUCAUAGAACAUGAAGGAAGGGAAGGAUUGAAGAGUGAUAGUGCAUUAAAAUCAACCAAUGAGAGAGGGGACACACCUUUGCAUCUUGCUGCCUCAAGAGGGUUCAUUGGUAUGUGUAAAUGCAUCAUAGGGGAACAUGGAGAAAGAAAGGAUUUGAUUAAGGCUAUGAACAAUAAGGGUGAGACACCUUUGUUUAGGGCUGUGCUCACUUGCCAAACACAAACCUUUGUGUAUCUCCGUCAUGUUUCCAAAGAUAUUGAAGUUCCACUGACAAACAGUGAUGGUGAUACCAUCCUUCACCGUGCCAUUUGGGGAGAAUUGUUAGAUUUAGCACUUAUAAUAACCCAUUGCUAUCCUGUACUUAUGGACACGCGUAACAAAGAGGGAGUCACCCCUCUCAAAGUUCUUGCGCAUAAGCCUUCGGCCUUCAAGAGUGGAUUAAAUCUCUCAUUGUGGAAGCAAAUUCUAUACUACUUCACAAUAUCAUUAGAAAGUGAAGCCCUUCAAGAACAAAAUUUGAUUAAACUCAAAGUUCGAUCUGUAAGGAGCACUGUUUGGUUUGUAUUCAGAGUUCUUAGUCUCUUAGGAUUGGGUGUCUCUACAAAGGAAUUAGAAGAUAUAAAGAAGACAAGGCAAAAGCACAGAUGGAGUCGCCAGCUCUUGAAUGUUUUUAUGAGAACACCUUAUGAAUCGUACAUGGGAAUUUCGGGAGGUCAACCUUUUCUGAAGUUUGAUGAAGAUGAAGACAAAAAUGUAGCACAAACCUUUAUUACCCAACAACAGUUAGAAAGUACGCAACAAAUCACUUAA